CGAGUACAAGGAGGCAUACGCGUAGCAUCCAUUUUCGGCAAUGUCAAAUCCUACGUCCACCAAAAACAGUCUCAGUCAUAUGGAGCAUGGCAAGGAGCAGCUUCCCACUUCGUGGAAAUCAAGACGAAUCCUACGGAUACGGGCACGGACCUCGGAUGCGCUUGGGACAUUGAGAUGAACUGGUACUGUCUGGACUGGUACCUCUAGCAGGAUAGCAAGAUAAGGGCCUCAUCCCUCCGAGAAACAGUGGACAAGCAGCACGAAACACAAGUAGCGCGACACCUUAGAAAAGGCGUUUCGCGGCUUGGAGAAGCCGGAUGUUGACAGG